AUGUGCACAGCACACGACCUUAAGAACCCUGAACAGCUGGAGGCUCUCCAGAACCCCCGCGAGAAGAGACCCUAUCGUCCGUUCUCGCCUUCAUUUCGCCUUCGUUCCUAUCUGGAUGAGCCAUGGAAGAUCAGAUCAAUGACGGGGUUAAUUGCCGUCACCGCACCGGGCCUCAGUGGCUUUGAUCCGAAACUGGCUCGAGCAAGAACAAAGCUGGAGAGUAGAAGGGCGUAG